AUGGCCUCCAGACCAGGGCUAUCCCAGGGUCCCCCGCCAGAAGCCAGGGCAGGGGAGGCCUGGGCCGUGGCCCCCAGUGGUGACUAGUCCUGCCAUGGGAAACAACAGUUCCCAGAGGAGGAGCAAGCGGGCCUGCAAGGACAAGGGGAUGGACAAGGCUGAGCACAAACAGCCCUUCUGCCACUUCCACAGCAAGAAACCGGGUGCCAAGAUCGUGCUGCUUUUUCAGUUGGACAGGCGGCACCACACCGCCGAGGAGGCGGCAGCUGGCCCCAGAGUGCGGAUCCGGGAAGACGCACCCGGCCGCUCGGUGGGCUCUACCGCGCCAGCGUCCAUGCUGCAGGGAGCCGGCGACGGCACAGGGCGGCGUGAGGGCGCACGUGCAAGAGAGAUGAAAAAGAUCCUGGUCCUGCUGCUGUUGCUGGACGCGCGGCAGCAGGAGCAGGGGCGCCACACAGGGGGCCUACCCGGAGCCAAGGCACGGCCCAGCACACCAAGGCGCGGCGCCAGCAUGCCCGCCUGCAACCAGGAGAGCAAAGAGCGCAACCCGGGUGAGGAGUGGCCAUGCAAGCGGCGUCGCUGCCCGCGCCCGCGGCCCUGAGCCCACGGUGCAGACCCCUGGUGCAAUAAAGAGCUAGGAGAAACCUGCA